CUCAAUAUGGGCCCAAAAAAGGUUUCAAUCAAACCCAAAAAUUUAACCUUCCAUUUCUAUCCCUGGUAUUGAUGACUCAUCCACCAUUCAAACUCAGCAUUUCAUUUCAACAAUAAUCGUUACAGUAUAUUUCUCCCCCAUUAAUCAGCUCCAAAAUUCACACACAGUCACACAGUGUUCAUGUCACUCACCGAAAUCAAUCCAAAUCCUUUCGACUAGACCGAAAUUUUCAUUCCAAGGCAAGCUAUUUUACAACAGUAUUAUUGGAUUCUGUUUCCUUCCCGAUGGCUACCGCCAAUGAUUCCAAUCACGAUGCAUUGGCCGCCCCACUCCUCCGUCCCCGCCAACCCGAAACCAACCAGACUCGACCCGGAACGGCUCCUCUGGCCGUCCUAUUGGGAAGGGUAACCGGUCGACGCGGGGCGUCUAUGCUCGUCCGGGAGACCGCAGCUCGGGAGCUGGAAGAGCGACGGGCUGAUUGGGGAUACUCGAAGCCUGUGGUGGCGCUUGAUAUUAUGUGGAAUUUGGCGUUUGUGAUUGUUUCUUUAGUGAUGGUGAGUGUUACGAUGGAUGAGAACCCUACUGUGCCGAUUAGGGUGUGGGUUUGUGGGUAUGGGUUGCAGUGUUUGGUACAUGUGGUGUUGGUUUGGGUGGAGUAUAGAAGGAGGAAUAGGAGGGUUGGCGGGAAUGGUAAUACUGGAUGGAGGAGUAGUAGUGGUGGUAUAGGUGGGUGGGAUGUGGAGGGCGGUGCAGGGGUUGAGGGAAAUGUCGGGAUUGAGGACGAAGAUGAGGAGGCGGGAAGCCUUGGGAUGUUGGGAGUUUCGGGUCGGACCAGCUUUAUCAAACGAUGUGAAUCUGUUAAUACAAUGGCAUCGUUUGUCUGGUGGAUAGUUGGUUUUUAUUGGGUUGUCUCUGGAGGUGAAGCUCUUCUGCAGGGUGCCCCACGCCUUUACUGGUUGGCGGUCGUGUUUCUUGCAUUUGAUGUGUUCUUUGCAAUCUUUUGUGUUGUUUUGGCUUGUCUGAUAGGAAUUGCCCUGUGUUGCUGCUUGCCUUGCAUCAUAGCGAUUCUUUAUGCUGUUGCAGGCCAGGAAGGCGCAUCAGAGGCAGAUCUGAGCGCCCUUCCAAGGUACAGGUUCGAAAUAUCUCAGGUUGAGGAGAAGCCUAGUGAUGGAUUUGGUAAAAUGGUCCCUCUUGAAACCAGUGGUGGAUACUUGGCACUCGAACGUGUUCUUUUACCCGAGGAUGCAGUAAGUUAUCAAUCUUUUUCAAAUAUUUAGGUCUAGUUCUAAAACUGUCAGGAUUCUGUAAGUAUUCCUUUACUCUGCCUUCAAUGCCGCCUAAUUAACAGGUGAAGCUAUACAAUAUUUAUUUUUAUUCUGCACUGUGACACAAAAAGGAUGUCCUUAUUUAUUUGAUUUGGCUUACCAUUACAAAUGAAAUUGGAAUUUUGCUUGGUAAGCCUCUGUUCCACUCCAUAAAGAUCAAUGUUGACUUCGAUGUUCUUGUUCCCUUGUUUUGUAUCUUCUGCUUUUAUUAAGGAAUCUAAGAUAUGUUUUGCCUCGCUUUUCUUACAGGAAUGUUGUAUUUGUCUUACCUCUUAUGAAGACGGGGCAGAGCUUCAUGCGCUGCCCUGUAACCAUCAUUUUCAUGCUCCUUGUAUUGUGAAAUGGCUCAAAAUGAAUGCUACUUGUCCCCUGUGCAAGUACAAUAUUCUGAAGGGCAGUGAACAAGUGUAGAGGAAGACAACAAGAUUAGAGAAAAUAGACUGAAGUUGAUAUGAGUGGUUGUUUGUUUUUUGUAUUUAUAUGUACAGGGAAACCUAGAUUGGAAGAAACAUCUUGCCAAUACAUUUAGUAGAAUAAGAUGAAAUAUUGGUUGGUUGAGUUUCCUUGUCUGUUUGGUGCGGCUUCUAAGAAAAUCUAUAGAUUAUAUGUUUAGCUUUUGUACCGAGUUCAUUCAAGUUUUAUCAGAUGUAAGAAUGAAUUUAGAAUGUAUUCAAUCUCUGUAUAUAUACACAGUCAAGUUGACUUCAGAAUUUGCAUGUCUUUUUCAUUGACUAUGUCCAUUUCUUCUUUGUUGACAAAUGUAAAUGCACAAGUAUUGUGAGACUGAAAACUCAAACAGAGCAGUGUGUAUAAAUCAAAGUUAGAAAGAUUCACUUCUCCGCUAACGCGUAGCAACUACUGAACAAUUCCAGCACAAAAGGACAUUGUAAUACUGUAUUGUUUAACUUUCGCUAUUCUGAAAACAGUAUCUGCCAAUUGUACUUCCCAAAAGCUUGCCUGCUUGCCAAAAGCUCGCCUUCGGCUGUUGCCUCUUUGGUGGAAGCACAAGGCUGAACUUGUGUUGCUACUCACAAUCAUAGUUGCCAGAUCAUAACAUUAUUUCCCGCCAAAAUUAUGCAGAGGGCAUGCUGGCCUUAAUUUGAUUUUGGCCAGGUUCAAAUGCAUCAACUCCUGCUAGAACUAGAUGCUUACAAACUGUUAUUUCCAUUCUUCCAAUACUCCUACGAAUUCAGCAUGGAGUGAAUGUCCACCCUGUGUAACAGAAAAGGUCAAUAAGAAUCUGGUUCAACUGUGUUUGGUCUAACAAAAAAAAUUAACCAAUACUGAUGGCAAGAAAAUGAAGCGAAGAAUGGAUUCAAGACUGACGUAAUGUACAUCACAAGAAUUGAAUGCAGAAACGCUAGGUACCAAUGAAAUGUCAUCCCCAUAACUGAAAACAACUCCAAUAACACAUUUCUAAUGAAUCUCAAUGACAUGAUGCCACCAACCAAGAAGAAUAACCAGACAACCUAAACGUAGAAAGACCAGCAAGAAACCACAUUGGAAGAUACGGCCAACUCUAACCAUAGAGAACUGUGGUGAUGCCUAAAACAGCAAUUUACUAACUAGAAUGAGCAUGGCUGAUCUCAACCUCAUUUCGCUCAAGCAAACAGAUUAAACAAAUUAACUUGAAUUACAAUGCUGAAUUAUUACAGUUACAGCAUAAAAGUACACAAAAGCACCAAAAAGCUGCUUUAGAAGGCACAUGCAUGUCCAAAGCCUUUCUUCUCUAGAAGUUAAUGCAUAUAAAUUUGAUACUUACAUUUUACAAUCUACCAAAUCUCAGAAGCAAUAAUUCAUGGCCACAUUUUUGAAAGGCAGGUUCGAAAAUUUAAGAAAGACAGGGAUAGCUGAAGAUGAAGGCGAAGAUGAAUAAUAAGAACCCGUUCAAAGGGAAACGAGAGACCUUAUAUGCAAUUAUAUCAGCCACGGGUAUCCCUUGACUACCAGCCCGAGCAAGAAGAGAGACAUCACCAAUAAAAUCUAACACCUUGUGUCUGCAUGGUUCAUUAUCGAAGCGUAAAGGCGGGUUCAGCCAUCCUCUAGUUUCACUGAGAGAAAGGAGCUAAUCAGCAUCAAAGACUAAAAUUAACCACCCCUGUCAGCAUGUUGUCAAAAUGAAUUCACUCACCUACAAACAAUUGCAUUUUCUGCAGACCCUCCCCCAAUAAGCCCUGCAUCACGCAAUUUUUCAACCUGAAGAUAGUUUUGAUGUGGAUAAGCACUGUUAUCUAUUCAAAGAUUGCAAAAAUGGCUACACUAAAACAUUCAUCAAGAGUUCUACAAGUGAAUUAGUAAAAGUGACUUUAAAGUAGCCUGAACAGCUUGUGAUCCAAGAACAACUACUAACUAUCUGAUGAUAAUAAUUGCUUCUGCAUUAACAGUAAUGCCACAAUGCCCCUACAUGAUUAACAUCAAAACUAUCUUCAGGUUAUGGCCAUUAUAUAAAUAACAGAUUAACAUCCAAUUUCCCAUCUGGAUUAUAGUCAAGGACCAAGGCAUUUUAAGUUGUAAAAGGAGCUAACACUUUGAAGAAUUGCCCCUACAUGAUUAUUCAGAUUCACAAUGCCAUGAAUAGCAUGUAUUGCUAUUAAAUACUAAGCACUUUCACAUUCAGAAGGCCAUACAGAUGAAGCCCUGAAUUGAAGCCCAUAACAUAAAGGUGCUUCAUCAUCACAUUACCUACUAUGAUUCCAGUGACAGAAUGUAUCAGAGCCAAGAAUUCUAAGGGUUAACAGGGUAUACAACAGGGAAACGAACCUGUUCAUAGAUGCAAAAAGUUCUGGAAGGUGCAAUCUCCUUGGCAUAGCCGUUUUCAUUUCCAAACCCAGAAUAAAACCAUUGAUGACCAAUAGCAGGUACCUGCAACAGUGAAGCACACAGUCACCUUCUUCGUCCUCUUCUUUUUCUAUUCAGAUACCUGCAACAAGAAGUUAAUAUUGAGAAAAUGAAACUUGCCUUCGGAAAGUGAAUUCCGUAU